AGCAGAUGAAAUGGAGCGACAGCGCUUGGAAAAUGUUCUAUUCCAGAUCCUCCUUACAUUGGAAAAAGAACACAGAGCCAUUGAAAGCAAGGACAUUUAUAAUACGCUUACUACACUCGCAUGUAAUGACAUAGGAGAAACCGCGACACGACAUAUACUGCAUCUGCUAUUGGAAGAAGUGUCAAGAAAGGCUGACGACUUUAAAGGACUUCUCUCGGUUGAACAAGCUCUUAGAGGGUCGAUCCUGCGGGAGGGCGGGGGCUUGUUUGAUAAGGAAUCGCUUUCCAUGCAAGAACUUAGACUGGGGGUGUACAGUAGGGUCCUUGCGCUUCUGUUUGUAGAUCGCACACUGGGAAAUUUGACGCCUUUGGACGCUGAGAUUAGCAAGCUUCGUUAUAAACUUUUGGAAAUGUUGAAAAAUCAUCGAUACCAGAAGCACAAUAAGCUGCGGCACGCAAUGGAGUUCAUCAUAGAGGUAGCUGAAAGAACGUAUCCUGAUCCUAAAAGGAAAAAACGAGACGGUGGGAUAAAGCGAAAUCUCGUCGAAAUAUUAGAGCGGGCACAUGAAGCCAAAGAUGAUACUCUGAGUGAAAAUCUAACAAAACAGUUCAAGCCCUUGUUCAACAGCUGGUUUGAGCUUCAUUUGGUCGUCUUUGUUUUACAGUUAAAGGUCUACAGAAAACCAAAGAUAAUGUCGGUAUUGAAAAGCUUGAUAGACGAAUAUGUUGCAUAUGGCAAAAAAAAGAGACUUGCUAGAAGGGAGAUUGAGUGGCAAAACGGGCUCAUCUUUGGCAGCGUGCUUCUCGACAUUGCUUUCUACAACAAAGAUAUUACUGCUCGUUCACAAGCAAGCGCGUGUCUUGCCAAUUUCUACAAAAAUAGCAAAGAUAUGGAGAAAUGCGAAGGCGUGAAGAUUGCGAUCACAAGGUGCUGCAAAAGAGUGUUGUUUUCUCCUGACCAAUUAAGCCGAUGCUUGGUCGGGCCUCACAUCAACAACGUCAGCUCAGAGGACGAUGUUGAUUAUCUAAUGUGGCAGUACCGCAAGUUUGUCCCUCCAGGGAAUUAUGAGAUCCUUAGGAGAGAUGGCGCUAUCACAGUUUUCAGCGCGACAUUUCGAGACAAGCCAGUCAUCAUCAAGCUCUGCCAUGCUUCCUCGGAUCUCGACGGUGUAAAUUACAAGCGCAUGCGCGAUGAGGUUUAUGCAAUGUACCGGCUGAACUCUUCAACCAUGCUUCACCCGAACAUCCCGCGGGUCUUCGCGUACGACACGAAACAACUGCCCUAUCACGUGAUUUUGGAGAGGAUGCCGGAGGGGGACCUUCUUAGCUAUCUGGAAAACUCUAGGCGUGAUUUGCUUCCCAUGCUGCCCCAGUCCAUAUUGACCGGCAUGUGUCUGGACGUACUGAGAGCAGUGAAGUUCCUACAUCAGCUCGGACUGGUCCACCGGUCCAUAUGCCCCUCUAAUGUAAUGGUCGGGGAGGAUAACGUUUGCAUGCUGUCGGGUCUUGGCACAGUCCGGGAAUUGAAGAGUCAGGGUAAAGGUACAACGCCGGAGUACGUCUCUAAUAAAUCCACUCAAGUGCGACAUGGCGCCCCCGAAAGUCUAUUAGAUGGGCGCUUCUCAUGCGCGUCAGACAUGUGGAGCUAUGGCGUACUGAUGUACCAGGUGUUUACCCUAGGGGUGACCCCGUACAGUCGCGGUAAUGGAAGGGGCUGCGAUACGGACGAACAACUUAGACAAUAUGUCUUAAAAGGAGGAAAGCUUUUGUCAGAGGCCUGCAUUACCAAGCAAAUAGCUGCCCUAAUCGAGCGGUGUACAGAAUUUGACAGCCGCGAGAGACCCACUGCCGAGGAAGUGGAGAAUGAAUUGGAAGCUUACCAAAGUUAUAUAAGAUCAUCAGGCGAAGAUCACGCCCCUGAAAGUCCUCCACCUUUAAGAAAGCAGCUGAUUCCCAUUUGUAACUCUUCCUCCUCGACUCCAGUCGAUGAAAAUGAGCCAACAUUUCCAGAUGUCUUUGAACCGCCUUCUCCUGACUCUCUGACGAAGUCCAGGUGGCACGGGGAGAUCGUGAACAGGGAAGUCGUGAAUAAAGACAAGUUAGAAUGUCUUAGGAGCUUACAGCCGCUCCGCCAUGAAAACCUUGCUGAAAUUAAGUCAAUAUCUCCUCUAGGAAGUGAUUUUGAAGUGAUAACCGAGUACUUCAGAGAUGGGGAUUUACUACGCCAUGUGAGGGACGGCAAAUGUUCAUCUUUUGACUUAGUGAGCGCGCUUGCGCAAAUUGCCAUGGUGAUUCAGUACAUACACCAGAGCGACAUUGUCCACUGCAGCCUAAGACCAGAUAACAUCAUGGUGGCGCAGCAAGCGCCUCUCAAGGUGAAACUAACGCGCUUUGGGCGAAUAGAGGAAAUUAUUGUCACCUCCUACAUGAAAACAAGCGCGGAAGGGUUUGUUGUGAAACCUAUGCCCAUUGAUGAUUCGGCAUGGAGCGCGCCAGAGGUGAAAAACGAUAAUUACUAUUCACAAGCGGCUGAUGUGUACUCCUUCGGAAAGGUUGCCUUUGAGAUGUUCAAUACGCUAGACGAACAAGAGGCAUCGGCAGCCGCGGCCAUGGAUGACCAGACCAAGUCAUCGUUUGAGGGGAAUUAUCCAGUUCAACCGCAGAGUAUGCCAUGCUGGUUGUACAUCACACUCAAACAGUGUCUUCUGCAUUAUCCACGUGAAAGACCAACCUUCCUGCUCCUGGUCGACACCCUAACGAGCAGAAAGCCAUUUGAUUCCUGGAUGCUAAAGCAUUGGAAGAAGAUUCACAACGACGUUAAUGUUGAUUUUGAUGUCACCCAACCCGAGAAUGCUCCGCACGUUCUUCCCGAGGAAAAACAUCUCAACCACGCAGAAAUACGUAAAACCGUCACAGAUAGUCUUUACGCUCCUCACUGCUACGACUACCAGCUGGGACUUCUGCGUGAAACGACAGAAGAAGAAACGUAUGAGUAUAUUACAGAGAACGUGUAUGAAGAAUUUCCAAGUCAAGAAAUACAAGUUGAUGGAUUGCCAGCAUCGUCAAGAUCGCCCAAACAGGAUUUCAAAAAUUCACUACUCACCCUGAAAGGAAACCCACCACCACUACCCCCAAGACCACCCAUUCAUGGGUUGUUGGACACUAAGAGAAUGCUAUUACAACCACAAAGAGACCUACAAGGAGAUUUUUAUGGUUGCUCAUUUAUUUACGAAAAAGAUGGUAACGAAUCUGAUGAAGGCUCAGGAGAUGAUGAAACUCUUUGUGGAAUUGGCAGCAACCUAUACGAGCCAGUUUGUGAAUAUACUGCAAUGUUGCCCGAUCAUCAAUAUGUGCGCAAAUGUCAAGAUUUACUGUACGAAAAUAUAACCCAGCCAAGCCUGGCUACAUGUAUUAUACAUCAAGUGUCUCGACCAAUCCCUGCCAAGCGUCAAAUGCCUGAAUCAAACCCAACUGAGCGUCGAGUGUCUCCUCCAUUCCCUGCUGAACAUCGAAUUCCUCCACCGGACCCUGCUGAGCGUCGAGUGCCUCCUCCAUUCCCUGCUGAACGUCGAACUCCUGCACCGGACCCUGCUGAGCGUCGAGUGCCUCCUCCAUUCCCUGCUGAACGUCGAACUCCUGCACCGGACCCUGGUGAGCGUCAAAUAUCUUCUCCAUUCCCUGCUGAACGUCGAAUUCCUCCACUGGACCCUGCUAAGCGUCGAGUGUCUCCUCCAUUUCCUGCUGAACGUGGAACUCCUACACCGGACCCUGGUGAGCGUCGAGUGUCUCCUCUAUUCCCUGAUGAAUGUCAAAUGCCUCCACCGGACCCUGCUGAGCGUCGAGUGUCUCCUCCAUUCCCUGCUGAACAUCGAAUUCCUCCACCGGACCCUGCUGAGCGUCGAGUGCCUCCUCCAUUCCCUGCUGAACGUCGAACUACUGCACCGGACCCUGCUGAGCGUCGAGUGCCUCCUCCAUUCCCUGCUGAACGUCGAACUCCUGCACCGGACCCUGGUGAGCGUCAAAUAUCUUCUCCAUUCCCUGCUGAACGUCGAAUUCCUCCACUGGACCCUGCUAAGCGUCGAGUGUCUCCUCCAUUCCCUGCUGAACGUCGAACUCCUACACCGGACCCUGGUGAGCGUCGAGUGUCUCCUCUAUUCCCUGAUGAAUGUCAAAUGCCUCCACCGGACCCUGCUGAGCGUCGAGUGUCUCCUCCAUUCCCUGCUGAACGUCGAACUCCUACACCGGUUCCUGCUGAGCGUCGGGUGUCUCCUCCAUCCAGACUUCCUCCCCCAUCAUUACACAUACGUCCUUCAGACCGGCCCGGAAUGACAGCCACACCUCCUCCCCCACUACCAACCAGACGUCCAUCAUCCUGCUCCAGACCUGCUCCCCAGUUAUCAUACAGGCCUCCUGAUGUGACAGAUGUACUUUGUAGUAAUAGUCCCCGCCAUCAUCAGCCUCUUUAUGGAAGAGGUCAACACCAAGGCAGUUAUCAGCACGCUAGGCCAUUUACCCAUAUGGCAUCAAGUGGAGACCACUACAUACCAGGGAGAUCUGAAGAGAGAGUAUUCCAAGAUAUGAGCGGUGAUCAUACAUCAAGCGAAUGCUAUCAGCAAAGAUAUCACAACAUCUAUCAUUCAGAUCCACGCAUGAGUCUAUCGCACGACUUUUUGUGCGAUUAUCCCAUGGUCCAGCCUUACGACGUUAAUAAGGAGGGGUAUUGGCAUUUCGUCCGUCUCCACUCAGAUUGUACACAGUACACUAGGCGUCCAGGCGUCCAUCACUGCCGCUCGUGUGGUCACGAGGUGUACGAGAAUGUAGAAGAUCACUGCUCAAAGCAUGGACGAAGUUGUCGGCCUCUGUCGACACAUAUGUCAUGGAAGCCGAUUGCAUCAGAUAUUAGCCACGUGUAAUGGAAGCCCAAUGACAUUAUAGAUUAGCCACGUGUAAUGGAAGCCAUAUGACAACAUAAAUUAGCCACUUGUAAUGGAAGCCCAGUGACAUCAUAGAGUAGCCACUUGUAUUGGAAGCCCAGUGACAUCAUAGAUUAGUCACGUAUAAUGGAAACCCAGUUGCAUCAUAGAUGAACUACGUGUACAUGUUGUAAAGGAAGCCCAAUGCUGACAAUGGCAUCAAAGAUGACUCACCAGUGUUUUGUAUAGAGAUAAUGCUUCUUUGAAGAUAAGUAAAUACAUGUCAUAUACACCUGUUUCAAAAUCUUGUGUAGGUGCACAAUGCAAAUGGAAAUGCCAAAUGGCAGUUCUGAUAUCGACAAAUGCAUGGGACUCGUCAAAUUUCUAAUGAUGUCAGAGAAAUGUGCGAUCAUUUUUGUUCUUACAAAUAACCUCGCAAAGCCUCGGUCGAUACGCCAAAGCCUCAGAGUGUGAUAUUUCCCGGCAUGACCUCACUCUCGGUUAGUAAGUAGUUAGUAUUGUAUUGUAUACUGCAAUAACUAAAGGAUUUGCGUUAAAUGCUGGGUUAUUACAAGGGUUAUAUAUAACCUCGGAAUAUUGUCCGGUAAAUGCGAGUAUCCGCUAUAUAAGGUAUUCUAGUAAUAAUGUAUAGAUUAUUAAGCAUUUUUAGUGUAGCGUGUAUUUUCUUAUGGAUUUUCUUUUUUUUUCUACUAUUUGUAUCAAAAUUUUUAUACAUUUUUAUAUACCAGAACACUUGGAUAAGUAACCCAGAAAGUACUGUAAGUAUGUAAGGUUUUUUUUGUCUUGUUUCGCCGUUUUUUACUUUUAUCAUGUUUAUGAUAUCUGGUAGCAAUUAUUAAAUCUGAUAGCACAAUUA